GGGAAGCAGGUCAUCAGUGAUAAAAAUCUUGAAGCCAAUGGCAUGAUAUCAGCAAUUGUUAAAGAAGUCCAGCAAUCGUUCAUCACACCAUCAAAAACACCAGAUCAUGGAAAUGGCCAAGAAAUCAAUGGCCAGGAAUUCAUGGAAAUGGAAACUCCUACUAAGUUAGCUUUUGAAAAGGGUAACGACGUCAACGAUGGACCAUCGAAUUAUGCCGCGRUGGAUCUUGGGAGUUCUCCGGCAGAAGCAACACAGAAAACGCUUAUAGUUACACCUGAAGGUUCUCCAAUGGUGCAACAACUGGAAGAGUCCMCACUUGUGCAACAAMCCGGUGUUUGCCAAGAUUCUCCAGAAAUCGUAGUUACUGAGCAUGGUGAAAAUGAGGUGGCCGCUGAUUUUAUCCCAUGUACACCAUGGAGUGAUCAUGAUGACGUUAUUCAUGAUAACCCAGUKGUCAUGCCUACACCAUUGCUGCAUGUCAAUUUCCUAGAGGAAGGUGACACGCCCAUAAGACACAGAGAAAAGAAGGUUAUCGUAUCAAAUCAUAACUUGUACUUGGCCGCUGAUUUUGAUGAUGUCCUGGGUCCAAGUGACGAAGUAUUGGGCUAUGGGUCAUGGCGUCAGACUUCGAGUGUCGAACACCUUAACAUCGAGGUUGGUCAGCGUCAAACUCAAUCUCUCGAGCGACCUCGCCUCAAGUCCUCWGCAUCUGCACCACAACUUAAAGUUCAACAAGAAUUGUUUAACGUUCCUAGUAUUUUAGAUCAAAUGCAGUACGAGCUUCCCGCGCAGAUAUCAAACAAUGCUGCCCAGUCGGCAAGCUGCCAUGUCGACGUAGCCGAGUAUAAACUAGAUUCGGUGAACUUCGACAAAGAUGUUUCCUCUACAGAAUCCCAGAAUGCGGUACACAUUCGUCCUUCUGUGGUCUCAAAGGAAACGUUGAAUGAGUUAGAGGUGAAAGACAGCGAGACGAUUCCUGAUGYUGGAAAUGUCGCAUCAUCAAAAUACAUUGCUUCAAAUUUUGAUGAAACUAAAAGUGAGUGCGAAUCAGAUGAAGAAAGAGGRAGUAAAAGCUCGUUUGAUGACGAGUACGAGGCCGUCGACCUUGAAUUGGAUAUCGAGGAGAGAAAUACCCAAAACAACCCACAAAAUGAYGAGAAAGAGUGUGAUAAAAUAUCUGAGAACGACAGAACAUUCACAGAGAGCUCAAGUUUCGAGAAAGAGGCAGUUGAUGCCACCGAGUGUGAACAAUUACCAAAUAAAUCAAAUAAUGAAAAAGACAAAAUUGACAAAAUUAGUGACAGUAGUCGAUGUACUGUCGAAAAUAUAGCGGACUUCAAAGAGCCAUAUAGUGAAAAUCAAACCUAUCAAUCUAACAAUGCUAAUGCAGAGCAGGACUCUGCWGUUUUAAACCGAGAACACAAGGACAGUGGCAGUGAAGAUCUUUGCCACGUACCAACCCUUACUGAAAUUACCGCUGGUGAUUACAGUGGACUCAAUAAAGCCGAGCCGAGUCAUCGAGGUUUCAUGGAAAACGACGAGGAAGAUGGUGAUUUUUAUCGUGUGCCAACACUGACCGAGUUAGCAGGUCAAGACGAUGAUAAUGUCGUCGAGGCCUUUACAAGCAAUGAUGUGUUGGCGGGAAGACGGUGGUCUGAAGACGACCAAUAUGAAGUUCCAGACCCGAUCGACUCCAAAGAUGAAGCUAUUGUACCCAAACCACCGCCUGGUAGAUCUGGACGAGGGUGCAUCUCGGCAAGGUUGAGGCGAUACAAGCACAGAAGACAUAACAUAGGAUUCACCCUGGUGGCUUUGAGUGAAAAACCAGUCGUCAUCUAGGGAAUGCUCUCAUAAACUUUGAAAAGAACAAUUUUACCACGUUAUUGAAUUAUAGUUUUCCUACUUUGUGUCUAAUAAAUGUUUUAAAAUGCUAAAA